AAAUACCCGCAGAAACAGGGCUUGGUUCUGUCAGACUUCAUCCACAUAAAAGCCCAGGCUGCCAUUGGAGAACCCGUUGGCAAGACGAGCGAACAGGAGGAAGACGCAGGAGAUAUAUAGGAUAGGCAGUGUCCAUCACUUCAGCCGAUGUAACCAGACAGCUUAUGCUGGACUCAGUUAUUAUAUAGCAGCAACUUCGUCAUAAAAAAAAGAGGCAGGGGAAGGCGAGAAAAUGGGACAUACUGCAAUACCUAUAUUGAUGGCUGUAUUGUCAUUAUGCGUGCGGAAAAACGUCGAGGCUUUGGCCAUGGCUGAGGUGAACGGGCCAGUCCCCCAGGUGGCCGAGCCGCAGAUUGCCAUGUUCUGUGGCCGUCAGCUCCUGCACAUGAACACACAGACCGGCCAGUGGGAACCGGAUCCUCAGGGCCGCCAGAGCUGCUUCAAAGAGCCCAGCCAAAUCCAGUCCUACUGUCAGGAGAUGUACCCAGGGCUCUCAAUCUCCCAUAUAGAGGAGUCCAAAAGACCAGUCACCAUCCCUGCCUGGUGUAAGAAAGGUUGGGGGCACUGCCAGACACACCUGUUCAUAGUCCUGCCCUACCGCUGCCUGGAGGGCGAGUACGUAAGCGAAGCCUUGCUCGUGCCCGACCGAUGCCGUUUUCUCCACAAGGAGCAGAUGGAUGUCUGCGAGAGUUUCGUGUACUGGCACAACAUUGCUAAGGAGGAGUGCACUUCAGACAAUCUGGAGCUCCACAGCUACGGGUUGCUGUUGCCAUGUGGGGACCAUUACCGGGGUGUUGAAUACGUGUGCUGCCCGGGGCGCGGAAGUUCUGGUGAUAAAGGAGAGGCAGAAGAAAGAGACGUCCCUACUGGUCCUAAGACACUUGCAUUCCAGACGAGUGGAAAACUCAGCUCUGUAACCAAAGUGACAGCACCCACUCCGAGCCCCUUUCCUGAAAUAGAUCUUGAUGAUGAUUUGGAAUUUGAAGAUAAUGAAGUGGUAGAAGACGAAGACGAGGACGAGGAGCAGGAGGAAGAGGAGGAGGAAGAAGUUGAUGAGGAUGAGGCAGAAGGAGAGGAGGAAGAAGAGGAAAUGGCCACGAAGGAUACAGAGUAUGAAUACCCUAUCGACUCGGGUCCCUACCAAACAUCGGACUACUUGGACACCUUCUACUAUGAGAAAAGCCAAAAACCCACCACCUCUUCUCCUCUGAUGAAGGGAGACAGCUUGACUACAGCUAGGCCCACAGAUGGUGUCGAUGUUUAUUUUGAGAAGCCAGUAGACGACACCGAGCAUGCCAACUUCCUUCGUGCCAAAACAGACCUGGAGGAACGCAGAAUGAAGCGCAUCAAUGAGAUCAUGAAGGAAUGGGCAGAGGCAGACAACCAGUCAAAAAAUCUGCCAAGGUCAGAGAGACAGGACCUGAAUGAGCAUUUCCAGUCUGUGCUGCAGACGCUGGAGGAGCAAGUUGCUGGAGAGAGACAGAGACUUGUGGAGACUCAUCUUGCCCGGGUUGAGGCCAUUCUCAACAACAACCGGCGCCUGGCCCUGGAGAACUAUCUGACAGCUGUACAGUCUGAUCCCCCUCAGCCAGAGCGUGUGCUGCAGGCGCUGAAGCGCUACAUGGCUGCAGAGCAGAAGGACCGCAGACACACAUUGAGACAUUACCAGCAUAUUGUGGCGGUUGACCCCCAGAAGGCCGAGCAGAUGAAAUUCCAGGUGUACACACACCUUCAUGUGAUUGAGGAGAGAAUGAACCAGAGUCUUGCCCUGCUUUACAAGGAUCCUACACUGGCUGAGGAACUGCACAGUGACAUUCAGGAGCUGGUCAGAGCAGAGCGAGGUGACAUCAGUGAGCUGAUGACCACCUCCUUCUCUGAGACCCGCACGACUGAGGAGCUUCUGCCUGCUGAGAGCGAGGAGGAGAAGGAUGAUGAAGAAGAAGAGGAGAGAGCCUUCCAGAACAGGCCCUAUCCCCCUCGCAUUGAGCUGCAGCCUAACAAGGACGAUGAUGAAUAUGAUUACACUACAUCUGAGAGAGGGCCUACUUAUGAAUAUGAGGUAAAGAUCAACACCUCUGCAGAGCUCAAGCAGGCGAUCAGACCUAAUGAGAUCGCUAGAGAUGAACUGCAGCCUGAUGCUUUGGAGACAUUCAACCGUGGUGCCAUGGUGGGCCUGCUGGUCGUAGCUGUGGCUAUCGCCAUGGUGAUGGUUAUAAGCCUGCUGCUCGUGCGCAGGAAGCCAUACGGCACUAUCAGCCAUGGCAUUGUUGAGCAGGUUGACCCGAUGCUCACGCCAGAAGAACGACAGCUCAACAAAAUGCAAAACCAUGGCUACGAAAACCCCACCUACAAAUUCUUUGAACAGAUGAACUGAAGCAUCGGGGCAGCCAGCAAGUCAUGCCUGACCACACGUUGUGUCCCUCGACUCUUCCCAACAGUGAUGUCCCAGCUACACUCCCUAUGUUGGAUUUAUGAUAUGUCGCAAAUGUAAAGUAACUGAAUAAGUACGGGGUUACAUCCCAAACCCAUUGUAAAUGACCCGACAACAACCAAUCAUCCGAUUCAUCACCUAUAAUACUCCUUUGGCUUAGAGUCUGAGGAUGUUUCUUUGCAUUAGCAGUGUCACAACAUUUCAUAAUCCUAAAACCAUUCACCUCCUCCCAGUGGCAUGACUUGACCUACUGCUCCUCGUGAGAAGCUGAAUUUGAACGGUGCAUAAUGCUUUAUAGUAUUUAUUUUCAGUAGUAGUGUCUCUGUUCAGAUUGUACCACAGUUAGAUGUGAUGUAUCUGUGUAGAUGAGUGUGAGUGACAGCUGAGUUUAAACAUGGCAUAAAUCCCGAUUUAAGUAAGAGUUAGUGAUAAAAACAAAAAAAUAUCCAGCGUAUUCUCAAACUAAACUUACCUCCAUGAGCUACUGUUUCAUCGCACAGUGCAAAGUACGACUACAUUAGGCAAGAAUUGAGAGGUGUUAACUUUGAAUGUGUGAGACAUUAGGCUUUGAUUUGAAACACAGAAAUAGGCCACACUAAUCGAUACAGAGCUAUGUGCUGGUGGUACAAAAGAAAAAAGUUUUUUUUUU